AUGGGAGACAUAAUUAUAAUUCCAAAUUCACAUGUCAAAAUAAAUAAAAACACUUUAUUUGGUUUUUUAAAAAUAGUUAAUGCAAGUUUAGAACGUAAGGCAUUUAAGAUAAAAACAACAAAACCUAAAGAUUAUUUAGUAAAACCCAGUAUCGGUAUUUUGAGAUCAAAAGAAGAAAUUAUAGUUGAAAUAAAUUUAUUAGAAAAUAUUAAAAUUGAUGAACAGCAUAAAUUUGCAGUUGAAAUUUACGAAAUUAAUUAUAGACAAGCCAUUGAUACUCUUAAGAGAUAUUUAAAAUCUACACAAAUAUCACCAUUUUUAAUUAAAAGACUUGGUGUAGAGUUUGAAAGUGUAGAAAAUUCUUCUACAAAACAGGAUUAUUAUAUUAAGAUAUUUUGUUUAAUUUAUUUAUUAAUUUUGUUUGUAUGUAUUUUCUUAAAAUUAUUUAAUAAAGUAGAUGCAUAA